UCCGUUUUUAUCGUCUCUCCUUCCUUCCUUCUCCAAAUUGAUGGAUUUAAGGUUUCCCCAUUUCGAUCUAAUCUAACCUAACGCUCCUUCAUUAAAUUCUUCAGACAGAUUACAAUAACGUAUAUAUAUAAAACACACACACAUAAAAAAAACAUCAUUGGAGCUGAUGCAGACAAGACAUAACACUCUUUGAUUCCGAUCUCGAGUUUCUCAUUUCCUUGUCUGGGUUUUUGUGUUGCUGAUUCUGUUUUUGUCUGUUUGAUUUUUUCCCAUAUACACACACAUACAUACAUAAAUUACAUACACAUCUUUUGUGUGAUUUUGUUCUCAAAAUCAAUCAAAUGUCUGGAAUUUGGAGAUGGAGGACUCUAAAGUCUCUAGCUUUACAUGCUCGUACGGUUUCACCUCUUCACACGCGUCUUCAUUCUCUGGAAUUGGGAUCAUCAUCGCCUCGUCGCCGUAUUCAAGAACGAUUCAAAUCGGAACAAGGUGGCGGAGGAGAUGAUUUUCCGGUACCUGUGACUCGCCGGAAGUUAAGAGCAGAGCCGAAUUGUCCUCGUUGCUCAAAGCAAAUGGAUCUUCUCUUCUCUAAUCGUCAGUUCCCUUCUUCUAAUCUUCUUCAACGUCCUGAUGAAUCUGAUUCCUCUGCUGUCGAUGGCGAUGGCGAUAAAACCAAUUUCCAGUCUGUUAACUUCUGUCCGACUUGUAAAACUGCUUAUGGAUUCAACCCUCGUGGUGUCUCUCCUCUUCAAGGGACCUUCAUUGAGAUCGGUCGUGUUCAAUCUCCAACUACCAACAACAAUACUACUUCCAAAUCCACCAGGAAACAACAACAUUCAAAGGAUACGAAUCAAGGAUUCAAUUACAGAAACAAGCUUAGAUCUUCCUUUUGGGAUACACUCAGAUCUUACGGCGCUGAGCCACCUGAAGAUUGGUCUCCUCCUCCUCCUUCUCCUUUGAACGCUUCUCCUCCUAACAACAUUGCUCCAGCCACUAAUGGUGCUGUCAAAACAGAUACUUCUCCCUUACCUGAUCCAGCUAAUGACGUUAGUCGAUGGGGUGGAGCUGGUUUGGGCAGAGACUUUCCUACUCCUAAGGAGAUAUGUAAAUGGCUUGACAAGUUCGUCAUUGGCCAAAGCCGUGCAAAAAAGGUGCUCUCUGUUGCUGUGUAUAACCAUUACAAGAGAAUAUAUCAUACCUCUAUGAAGAAAGGGUCAGCAGCACAACCAAUUGAUGAUGACGAUAAUGUAGAAUUAGAUAAGAGCAAUGUUCUCUUGAUGGGGCCUACUGGCUCUGGGAAGACAUUACUAGCAAAGACUUUAGCUCGGCUUGUAAAUGUUCCUUUUGUCAUUGCUGAUGCAACUACACUGACUCAGGCUGGUUAUGUUGGUGACGAUGUUGAAUCAAUCCUUCAUAAGCUAUUAACGGUCGCUGAGUUCAACGUGCAAGCAGCACAGCAGGGAAUAGUCUACAUUGAUGAAGUUGAUAAGAUAACGAAGAAGGCUGAGAGUUUAAACAUUAGCCGGGAUGUUUCUGGUGAAGGUGUCCAACAGGCACUUUUGAAAUUACUAGAAGGCACUAUCGUAAAUGUUCCAGGAAAGGGAGCAAGGAAGCAUCCACGGGGUGACCAUAUUCAGAUAGACACAAAGGAUAUUCUCUUUAUCUGUGGAGGAGCAUUUGUUGACCUUGAGAAGACCAUUGUGGAUAGACGACAAGACUCAUCAAUUGGUUUUGGAGCUCCUGUUCGUGCAAACAUGGCCACCAGUGGAGUGACCAGUGGUGCAAUAACUUCAUCUUUGCUAGAAUCGGUUGAGAGUGCCGAUCUGACAGCAUAUGGCCUUAUACCGGAGUUUGUAGGACGCUUUCCCAUAUUAGUUAGUUUGUCAGCUCUAACAGAAGACCAGCUUGUUCGGGUGCUAGUAGAACCCAAAAAUGCUCUUGGGAAACAGUACAAAAAACUAUUUAGCAUGAACAACGUAAAGCUGCAUUUUACUGAGAAAGCACUCGGGAUAAUUUCCAAGCAAGCAAUGGUGAAGAAUACAGGUGCGAGGGGACUAAGAGCCUUACUUGAAAGCAUUCUUACUGAAGCCAUGUUUGAGAUUCCAGAUGAUAAAAAGGGAGAUGAAAGAAUCGACGCUGUUAUUGUAGAUGAGGAAUCAACAGGCUCAGAAGCUUCACGUGGAUGUAUAGCAAAAGUACUUAGAGGAGAUGGGGCUUUUGAGCGUUACCUCAGCGAGAAUAAGUCAAAAGAAGCAACGGUUGACGAAAGAGUGGGCUCGGCUAGAGCGGCUAGCUUGUAAAGUGAAUGAGAGGAGAACGGUUUUAACAUGCAGAGUUUCUUGAUUAUUUGUAAAGAACAGCAUUCAUAAAAGUGCAAGAGGAUGCUCAUCCACUUUGUACAAUAAAAUGUUAGCUUACACAGAUUCGAAAAGUUGAAUUGUUACAUAGAAAGAAAAAAAAAAUAGGCCCUUGUAAAACAUCUGUAAUUCUCUACUUCAAAUAACAAGUGUUAUUAGUUUGUCAGUU